AUGAAGCUCAUCACAACCCUCGCAACCAUCCUCCUCUCCACCACCGCCCACGCCAGACCGCCACCGCUGGACGGAGUCCUCGUCCCCCUCACCACGCUACCCCCGUGCUACAGAGAAUGCCUCGACUUCACCAACUUCGUCGGCCGGGAGAAGGGCUUCGACGUCUCCACCGUCACCGUGCCGGAGUUCUGCAGGGAGCAGCAGGCCUUCUUCCCGCGGUGGGACAUGGACGAGAUCACCGACUGCGCCGCGGUGCACUGCGGGGGCGACGUCGAACAGCACGCCGCGGCGUUCGAAUGGUACCAGGCCCUGUGCCACUUCGGAAGGCAAAAGAUGGAGUUGUGA